AUGAAAGAACUCCUUGCAAAUUCUGUGAAUCUCGAGGCGCAGUCAGAGUCCCUUGCCCUCAUGGGGCUGCUGGCGAAGCCCAAGCCUUGA